AUGCAGAAGGUUCCACUACAUGAAAUACCGGCCGCAGAAGCUCCUGCCGCGGCCCCAGUGGAGUACGUGGAGGCCGUAGUACAACAGUUACCGGACUUUCCUGUGCCUGAUAGCGGUUCUGACAAAGAACGUCCGGCUGGCGUUGUGGAACUGCCGCGGUUACCGGUCGUGGACCGUGGUACACCCUUAAGUGUUGAAGAAGUUCGGGGAGGUGAACCGUCAGACGCUCUCAAUAAGGAACGAAGAAACAAAGUGAAGGAUGUGAGUUUUUCGUUUGGAAUCAAAGUAUCCAUAGACAUUACAUAA